AUUGAAAUUUUAAAGCGUCAAAAUGUCUUUCUCGAAACAAAUUAAAAAACUUUUUACUUCAACCUUAAUCAACAAUGUGAGAGUGUUCAGUACAAGUGGAUGUCAACAGAGUAACACACUACUACACAGAACAGUCAACAGACAUCGCCGGGUUAAAAAUGGCACAACAGAUUACCAAAAUGAAGGGGAGGAUCAAACAAAAAGACAGAAGGUGGAGGUAGUGGAAUUACAGUUGGAUUUAGGAGUCAAGCAGAACCAACAGAGAGAAGUGGAUGCAUUUAAAGAAAAGUACCCGGAUUUCCUACCUCGCACAGACAGGGUCUCCAGACGAGACUAUGUGUUAGAAAUGUUACACAGACGAGAUAUGUUUAAACGCAGGCAAAACCUUAAUAUACCAGAAUUUUAUGUUGGAAGCAUCUUAGCUGUGACAGUAGCUGACCAAUAUUCCCCAACCAAGGAGAACCGAUUUGUUGGGAUCUGUAUCCAGAGGCAGUUUGCGGGACUACAACAUAACUUCACUCUUAGAAAUGUCAUCUACGGUCAAGGUAUAGAAAUUAAAUAUGACCUUUAUAACCCAAACAUCAUUAGUAUAGAGUGUCUUAAGACAGAAAAGCGGCUCGACUCGGAGCUGUUUUAUCUGCGAGACUGCCCUCAAGAAUAUUCCACGUUCCCCUUAAACAUGGAGAAAGUCCCUGCCCCCAAAGGAAAAGACGUACCAGUCAACGACAUCAAGGUGCCAUUGAAUUCUCCCCCAUGGCUGGAGAGAUGGGAGAGAAGAAAAGAUCUGAAAGGGAUCACCGGAAACGAUCGUAGAUUGACAGCGCGACAACAGCGGAGGGCAGUUCUAUCUGAGAAACCAUGGCGGGAAAAUGAUAUCAUGUUAGAAUACAGACACUCCCUGAGAGAUGACGAAGUCCUCCACAUCAAAAACAUCGUGGACAGAUUCCAGGCUAAAGAACAACAGAGGAAGGCGGAGGCUGAGAAAAACAAUGCUGCACAAACCUGAGCCAUUAUUUCUAUCAAAAUACAUGCAAAUAAUAAAUGAAAAUAUUUCAAGAUAUCAUUGUGUAAUAAUUCAUGAAGUAAAGCAGAUUUUUUGGAGAGUUACUUAAGAAUCUUUUGAGGAAUUGUAUGCUACAGGUAAAUUUCUGAUUAAAAAAACAAGUGCUGUUUUUGGAAAAAGAAAUGCAUCAGUGGGCAAAUAUCUUAUCUUUAAUAAUAAAGACCCAACUGAAUAAAGUCAUAUCAAGGAGACAAUUUUUCAGUUUUAUUCCUGUAAUGGACAAUGCACUUGAUACAUGCAUAAAUUCAUGAGAACCUGCUGAGCAUUAAAGAUGUAGGUUUAUCCCAGAGGAGUAAAAUGUGGUCAAAAUCCAGCAUUUGCUGAUACUCUCAGCAGAAAUAAAUAUUUUAAAAAGUU